AGAGAGAGAGAGAGAGAGAGAGAGAGAGAGAGAGAGAGAAGAAACGGGAGGAGGGGAUACGGAAAUUAAACCCUUUAAGUCAAUGCAUAUUGUGGUGACACCGGCACAGGAGCCCUCACGGUGGAGUCGGCCAGGGCUGUGCGUUCCCAAAAUAUGACCAGGGGUGCUUGGAUGUGUCGGCAGUAUGACGACGGCUUAAAAAUCUGGUUGGCAGCACCCCGGGAGAACGAGAAACCGUUCAUCGAUUCAGAGCGGGCUCAGAAAUGGCGACUGUCUCUGGCCUCUCUCUUGUUUUUCACAGUCCUGCUCUCUGAUCACUUGUGGUUCUGCGCCGAGGCCAAGCUGACCCGGACCCGGGACAAAGAGCAUCACCAACAGCAGCAGCAACAGCAGCAGCAGCAGCAACAGCAGCAGCAACAGCAGCAGCAGCAGCAGCAACAGCAGCAGCAGCAGCGACAGCAGCAGCGGCAGCGGCAGCAGCAGAGGCAGCGGCAGCAGGAACCCUCCUGGCCCGCGCUCCUGGCCAGCAUGGGGGAGUCCUCGCCCGCCGCCCAGGCACACAGACUCCUCUCCGCCUCCUCGUCCCCCACCCUGCCCCCCUCCCCGGGAGGCGGCGGCGGCGGCAGCAAGGGCAACCGAGGCAAGAACAACCGGAGCAGGGCUCUUUUUCUAGGAAACUCUGCCAAGCCGGUGUGGCGCCUGGAGACUUGUUACCCUCAGGGCGCCUCCUCCGGCCAGUGCUUCACCGUGGAGAGCGCGGACUCGGUGUGCGCCAGGAACUGGAGUCGGGGGGCGGCCGCGGGGGAGGAGCAGUCGUCCAGGGGCGCUCGGCCAACUCCGUUGUGGAACUUGUCGGAUUUUUACCUUUCGUUUUGUAAUUCCUACACACUUUGGGAGUUGUUCUCGGGGCUGUCCAGCCCCAGCACUUUGAACUGCAGUUUGGACGUGGUGCUCACGGAGGGCGGUGAGAUGACCACGUGUAGGCAGUGCAUCGAAGCUUACCAGGACUACGACCACCACGCGCAGGAGAAGUACGAAGAGUUUGAAAGUGUGCUGCAUAAGUACUUACAGUCGGAUGAGUACUCGGUGAAGUCAUGUCCCGAGGACUGCAAGAUUGUCUACAAAGCCUGGCUCUGCUCCCAGUAUUUUGAAGUCACACAGUUUAACUGCAGAAAGACAAUUCCAUGCAAGCAAUAUUGUUUGGAGGUGCAGACCAGGUGUCCGUUCAUAUUGCCCGACAAUGACGAAGUCAUCUACGGAGGCCUCUCCAGCUUCAUCUGCACAGGGCUCUACGAAACCUUCCUAACCAAUGAUGAACCCGAAUGCUGUGACAUCAGGAGCCAGGAGCAAUCUGCACCCCCACCCAAAGGGACCGUGGAUAGAAGAGACUCCUGUGCCAGGACAUCGCUCACAGUGUCCUCGGCCACGAGACUGUGCCCCGCCCGGCUGAAGCUGUGUGUUCUCGUCCUCAUCCUCCUUCACACAGUGCUCACAGCCUCCGCAGCGCAGAACUCCACGGGGCUGGGCCUGGGCGGCCUCCCCACACUCGAGGACAACUCCACCCGGGAGGACUGAGCACAGCCGGGGCGCGGGGCGCGAGUGCCCGGCGCCGGGCUGGACAGGUGCACGCUUUUGCGCGCAGAGCAUUGGUGACCCACCCGGGAUGUGCACCCGCUGCUGCCCGGGGAACUGAACCCACCCGGGUGCUUUACCCUCGGACUUCCCGCAAGACCUGUGGGUAACAUUCAACAAGAUGGGCCCGAUUCCCAACACGGACACAGCCGCAGCUUUUUACCGACUAAGAGGCUGCCAGUGACUCAGUUUCUCACACCAUUUUAUACACUGUGUUUUAACGUUUGGAGGUUUUUAUUUUGUUGUUGUUGUUAUUUCCUUUUUUUUCCUUUUCUUUCGGUUUGGUUUGGAUUUAUUUUCCGUUUAUUUGAUUUUAUUUCAUUUUUCUGCACUUGUUAAUGCAGAAUUUCUUUGUGGUUGAACUUAAGUCUCCACUGUCUCUCUAUCUAUUUCUAGUCAUUGUGUGUCCAUCAGAUACUUCUGUCUACGUCCUGUCAGUUUCUAAUAGAGGAAUGACCGCUAUAACCUCACGGUGUAGCAAAAAAAUAAAAAACAAAUACAAAAAAACAAAAAACAAAAACAAACAAAAAAACAACAAAAAAGAAUUAAAAAAUCAACAAAAAAAGGACAAAAAUAGAAAACAAAAAAAUAAAAAAAUUCCCUAAGCCUCCUUCCAACCCAUGGACGCCACGCCCUGCAGGCCCUGCUGGCCCUCGCCUUCUGUCCCCAAGCAGACAACAUCCGCUUGCUUCUGUCUGUGUCUCGCAUGGUGGGUGUGUGUCUCGCACAAGCCCGAGCAGAGGGAGCCAGGGCCUAGUGGUCCCUCUGGAUGAUCCAACAGUGCAUUCAGAGAGUCAGGCAGCUCACAGGUUUUAUGUGGGAAAAGAAAAAAAAAAAAAACAUACUAACAGAGUGAAACAUGCUCCCGUGAAAUAAGUCGCUCCCGUGCCCAUCCCCAGUUCUUUCUUCCUGGCGGGGCAGAUAGGAGCGGCCUGUGGCCCAAGGCCAGCACGCAGCCCCCCUUGAACACAGGGCGCUUGCCUCCAACUGAUGGGAGCAGAGACCAAGAACACAAAUCCAGACUUCUGUUCCUCCGUUAUCGUGGUGGAAGGGAUCUAGUAUACAGAAUAUGUACCAUUUAUCCCAGUACCACCCCUGCAUAGGGUUCCAGUUUCCUCCAGGUAUAAAAUGUAUACAGCGCUGCGUUAUCACAGAGGAAACUCUCCUUUUGAAAACAAUCAACCGAUCAGCCAUUUUUACUACCGUGCGAAGCGUCCUCACUCCAGCAAGCUCUAGGCGGCUGAGAAAAAUAAGUCCAAUCACUGUUUGUAUUAUUUUUUCCUUUGUGGGAACAUUUCACCUGCUGAGUGUAUAUGAAUUUGCUUUCCAAAAAAGGCUUGUAUGGGUUUACAGUAGGGCCAGUGGAAGGAAAAGUCAAUAAGGGCUGUUUUUACAAAACAAACAAACAAAACAAAUAAUUUUAAAAAGACACUUCACAUUCCUUCCUAUUCUCUAACUACACUUGGGAAGUGCACUUCGGGUAAGUUUGCUGUGUGGCUGAGAGAUGAAGGAAAUCCAUAGACAAGGUCCUCUUAGUGAACAAAAUUUAGUUGUUAACUUUAGAGCUAUUAAACACCCCAGGGCAUUUGUUUUUGUUCAGAUUCUAUCUUCUGCAUCAUGCUUAACCCUGCGACAUGCGUACAGUAUGCAUAUUUUGUUUUGGAUAAAAUGUUUUGUUCCAGUCUGUUAAGAAUAUUAAAAACUAAUAAAGGUAUUGCUUAAUAAAAUUGCUAGAAUUGUUUAGCAGUACAUGCACAAAUAUUUUACUAGAUUCUUUGUUUUACUAGUGUUUUGUUGAGACUGAAACCCUAAAAUGCUCUGCAUAAAUACAAAAAGAAAAAAAAACACCAAAACAAUGCAAAACUCUCCAGUUUCUUUUUCCUUUCCUUUAUAAACAAUCCCCCUCUCUUACAAAUAGAGA